AUGUGGAAGAGGAUAUUUGCGCAUGGACUCAAGUAUGAUCAACCCAAUGCAUCUUCAAAAAACUUAAUCCUGUCCGUUUUGAAUACAACCGCUACAAAACGAGAGGCUAAGGAUUACCUCUCAAAAUACACAAAUGGUAGCCAGGAGCAUAAUUAUUGUUUGUUUUUUAUUAGAGACCUGCAUAAAAUCGCGCCUGCAAUUUUGUCCCAGUUUUCAAGUGUCUUAAAGAGACUGGGAAUGCUGGGUUUGCGGCCCAUGUUCGUAAUCCCACCGUCACCAUCCCAUGUAAAUAUACAGGCGGAGUUACUUGAUAGUAUCGUUACAGAGGCUGAUUUAAGGCCGCUUCACCUCAAGGAAGGCCUGACUAAAUCCCGUACUGGGUUAUAUCAUUCUGCUUUCUCGCAACAGAGCCGUUUCUUUAAUACUGGAAAUUCAAAUUUCAUACCAAUUGUCAAACCUUACGUGUAUAAUGAAGAGACGGCGUCCGAAUUUAUGACAAAAGAUGUGGUGAAAUUCAUGGAUUGCUUAUGCCAAGGGGAUAUUCCACACAUUGACAAAUUCUUUAUUCUAAAUAAAACCGGAGGUAUACCCUCAGGGGAAAGAAAUGAUAACGCUCAUGUAUUUAUUAAUCUUUCUCAAGAACUCAAUCAUUUAUCCUCAUCAUUAUCUCACAAUAUAAGCACUCUGAGCAAGCGAGAGCCACGCUCACAAAACCUGUUACACAGGAUGGAGGUGUAUGUUAAAAAAGAUGAAAUAUCUUCUCUAGAGUGCGAGUAUCAUGAUCACUUAGAAGACCUGUUACUAAUGGACACAGUUUUAUCAAAUCUAGCACCUACAGCAACGGGACUGAUUACAACUAUCAAAGCCGCUGCAUUAUCUUCAGAUAGGAAAAAUCCAUUAGUAUAUAAUCUACUAACAGACCGAUCGUUAAUUUCUUCGUCUUUACCAAGGUUUAAAAAAAAGGGCAGCGAGAGGGACUCAACAGGGAACCUACUUGAUGACCACGCAUGGUAUGAGCUGCCUUCCCAGCCGGUAAACGCAACUACUUCUAACUCAGAUGCUGUUUUAGUAACAACUGUUCUUAAAAAGGGUGUUCAUAUAAAAACCUAUGAUUAUAAGACGUUGACUCAAUUCAACUCAGUUGGGCUUCCAAGGGAGUUCCACGUACCUGAGACAGGAGAAAAUUUCUCCGGAAAUGUCCCAAAACUAGAUAUUAGUAAAUUUAAGUCAAUCAUCGAUCAAAGCUUCAAAAGAUCUCUGGAUUUACGUGACUACUUAAAUAGGAUUAAUGGGAAGAUAGCAACAAUCAUUGUUAUAGGUGAUUAUGAAGGUAUUGCGAUUUUGACGUAUGAAGGUUCAAAAGAAAACCCUUUCGUUUAUCUGGAUAAGUUUGCUGUUUUACCACAUUUAAAGGGCUCUUUGGGUAUAUCUGAUAUAAUCUUCAAUUUAAUGUUUAAAAAAUUUCCUAACGAGAUACUCUGGAGAAGCAGGAAAGACAAUGUGGUGAACAAGUGGUACUUUCAACGUAGCGUUGCCGUGCUGGAUUUGUCGAUCGACCUGAAUCCCGAACACAGUGAUAAAAAGCAAAGCCAAUUUAAGUUAUUUUAUUACGGUAACCCUCAAUACGCUAAGAAAACUCUACGUGACAAGACACGUUUAAGAGAAUUCAUGAAAUCCGUCAGGGACAUCAAGCCGAGUUGGGAAAAUGAAUAA